CCCCCCCCUGGUCAGCCGCGAUGCAGGCGCUGCCGCCCGAGCUGCAGCUGCACGUGCUCUCCUACCUCUCGCCGCCCGACCUGGCGUGCAUCGCGCGCGUCAGCCGCGCCUAUGCCCAGCUCGUCGCCGCGCCCGAGACGUGGCGCGCCCUCUUUGCACGCCGCUUCGCCGCCGCCGACGGCGCAGAGGGCGCCAGUGGCGGCUGUGUGGCGCUGCGGCGCGUCGAAGGCGCGUGGAGAGAGGAGGUGGUGAGGAGAGAGGAGCGCGAGCGCCAAUGGCGCAAGUCGCGCUCUCCCUCGCUCAUCCUCGACGCGCGCAUCUCCGCCAUCUCGCUCUUCGCCCUCUCCAUCCCGCACUCCUUCCUGCUCUGCGUCUCCUCUGCGUACGGCGUCGCCUCGCGCUCCGAUCCCUUCGCCGGCAAGGUCGCCUCCGGCUUCCUCUCCGCCGGCGGCGGCGUGCUCACGCAUGCACAUGUACGCGCACAAGAGACGCAGAGCACCGCUGCGGCGCUGGACUGCGAUGCAAGGCGCGUCAUUUGGGGCGACUCGGCCGGCGACCUCUGCGUCACGCUGCUGCGGCGGCAGGGAUCGAGGCCACGCGGCCUGAUCCAGUCCAUCGCGCUCCGUGGCGGGCCCGGCACGCAGGGCCAUCAAGCGCCCAUCACGGCGCUGGCGCCUGCCUUCUUUGCGCAGCGCACGGGCUGCAGGAGCGGCGCAAAGGCGCCCGAGCGCAUGCGCGUCCGCAAGGAGCGCGCAGGCCAGAAGGGAGAGUGCUUUGCCUCGGCAGAUGCCGAGGGCGAAGUCAAAAUCUGGCAUGCCGAGUCACGCACACUGCCGCUGUGGGCCACCUCCAUGCUCCGUCCGCCAGCGCCUGGCGCUGCUACUACAGCUCGGAGGCCGCCGCAGGCCAUUACGACGCUCGACCUCGAUGUCGAACAGGGCAUGUUGUGUGCAGGCGACGAGAAGGGCAAUGUGGUGGUGUGGCGAGAGCUGCAGCUUGACCAGCUCCUCGCUCUGCCAGCUCUUGCCUUUGAGGCAGGCAGGACACUCUCGACGACGAAGCAGGAGGACGCGCGAGCUGCUCGGCUAGCGCUGGAGAGGCUCGUCAGACGUGUCGACAUCCCCUGCCCACUCGAGAUGGGCAAGCGGGCAGUGGAGAGCAUCUGCAUUGAGCGCAGCUCUGCUGCAUCGACCUCCUCUACGACAGAUGCAGCGCCCGUUCGCAUUCUGGUGCAGCACGCCAACUCGCGCGAGCUCUACCGAUGCGAGAUCGACACCACGCCCGCCGCCGAGGCUUCACACGGCGUCUCUCUCGGUGCAUCGCAGGCGCAGACCACCAGCACCACCUUCUCGCUCCCCGCGUCCGACACCGGCGUCAUCUCGUGCAUUCUGCCCGACUUCGACCACGAGUCGCUCGCGGCCGAGACGCCGAGCGGCAGCGGAGUCGUCACGAGCAUGACUGCCUCUGCCGCGCCUUCGCGCUCCGAGUCGCCCAGCCUGUCCGGCACACUGCCCUCGGCCAUUCGCAUCGGGCCAUCUCUCGAACAGCUGCAGCAAGCGCGCUCGAGGCGUGGCGAAGCGGCAUUCAGAGAACGGCCGUGCGUGUGGGUCGGCAGCAGCACGGGCGGGCUGUAUGCCUUCGACUGGCUGGCAUCACCCGCCCUGGCGCAUGCAGCGGCAGCACAAGACGGCGAAAGCAGCACCGGCAUCGUGUAUCCUGCCUUCUCGCUGGCAGCACACCACACGCGCAUCAGCGCGCUCGACUUUGCGCCCCACGCCAUCGCCAUUGGCGGCGUAGACGGCAGCAUCAAGGUCUUCUCGCCUCUCACUGGCUCGCUCCUACGCGUCUUCAACGAGCGCACUGCCACGCGGCAUGCUGCACGCGCUUUGGCCUCGCAGGCGCUCGAUGUCGAGGCGGCAGCGCGCUUCGCCGUGCGCCAGAUCAGCAUUGGCCCCGACUCGCUCGUGGCCGCGGUCGGCGCUGAUGUGCUAGCCUGGCGUUCCGGCCCUCCAGCCCGCUCGGGACGCCGCGCAAACGCGCUGGCAGCACAGUCUGCCAACGAGGCGGAGCGGCCGCAGAAGCCGCCGCGCACCAAGGAGGGCAAGUUUGUGCGCCCGACGGAGCUGCGCGAGGAUGUGGAGCAGAUGGACGAGGAGCUGCGACGGGAGAAGCGGGAGAGGGCCUCGCGCAGGAGAGAGGGGAUCGACGUGGACGGUCUCGAUGAGAUGGACGCGCUAGAACUAGCGCUGAUGCUCAGCAGGGACGAGGCGGAGGCGAACGGACGUGGAGAGCCGCUGGAUGAGGAGGAAGAGGAGCUGCGGCGUGCGCUGAGGGACAUUGAGCUGGCGGAAGCACAGGAGGCGCAACGCAAUGCCGCAGGUCCCAGCGGCACGACAACACGUCCGCCUGUCGACGAUGUGGAUCACCUCGAGGCGCUUGAUUCGCACGACGACAUGGACGAGUCCUUCGACUCGCACGAUCUCGACGACGACGUGCAGCACCUCUCGCUCUCUCCGACGGCCCGACCCAUCGCCUCGCGCUCGCGCCGGCCCUCGGCGCAGCGCAUCGGCUCCUCGUCGACGCCCUCGCCCUCGCUGCGGCCGCUCACGUCGCCCAGUCGCGCCUGGGACAUUCUCGCGUCGGCCGGCUCCUCCUCUCGCCUCACGACGCCGGCGUCGCACGGACCCGACGCCAAGAUCCGCACCAUCGCCGUGCCCCGCUCGGCGCGCGUCGGCGUCAAUGGGCACAAUGGCGGCAGCAGCGAAGCAGAGGAUCGCCUCUCGCCGGACCUCUCGCCCCAGCCCUCGCCCUCGCCUCUCAGCCGCAGUGCGCCGCGCGGAGCCUGGGCGCUGGGCUCUCCCUCUCUCCGCGCCGCUCUUGCUCCGCCAACGCCGCCGGCGCCAGCGGCCGCGAGACGCGGUCAGUCGGUCGAGGAGCGCGAGGACGAGGAGCUGCGCUUUGCCAUUGAGCUCAGCCUGGCGGAGGAGCGCUCCAGGACGAUGCAGUAG